GCGGCCAUGCUGCGGAUGCGCGGGGUCCCCGUGGGUUCCUCGCUCUUCCGGGCCGCGCUGGGCCUGGGGCCGCGGCCGGGGCGGGCGGCGUCGGGGGCGCGCGGGCAGGGCUGGCUGCAGCCUGCGGGCUACGACACGGGCGUCAAGGUGUACAACAGCCUCACCGGGAGGAAGGACCCCUUGAUUGUGAGCGGCGCGGACGCCGCUUCCUGGUAUAGCUGUGGACCAACUGUCUACGAUCAUGCACACCUGGGUCAUGCUUGCUCAUACGUUAGAUUUGACAUAAUUCGAAGGAUCCUGACCAGGGUUUUUGGGUGCGGCGUCAUCAUGGUGAUGGGAAUUACAGACGUGGAUGAUAAAAUAAUCACAAGAGCCAAUGAGAUGGACGUGUCGCCCGCUUCCCUGGCCAAUCUUUAUGAGGAAGACUUUAAACAAGACAUGGCAGCCUUGAAGGUUCUCCCACCCACCGUGUACCUGAGGGUAACUGAAAACAUUCCUCACAUAAUUGCUUUUAUCGAGAGAAUCAUUGCUAACGGGCACGCUUACUCCACCCCAAAAGGCAACGUCUACUUCGACCUGCAGUCAAGAGGAGACAGAUACGGCAAGCUGGUCGGCGUGGCCCCUGCCCCCGUGGGAGAGACAGGUCACGCGGACAAGCGGCACGCCAGCGACUUUGCCCUGUGGAAGGCGGCCAAGCCCCGGGAGCCGUCCUGGGCCUCGCCCUGGGGCGACGGGAGGCCCGGCUGGCAUACCGAGUGUUCCACCAUCGCCAGUUUGGUGUUUGGAAGUCGGCUGGACAUCCACUCGGGUGGCAUCGAUUUAGCGUUUCCUCACCACGAGAACGAAAUCGCACAGUGCGAGGUCUUUCACCAGUGCCAGCAGUGGGGGAAUUACUUCCUGCAUUCUGGGCAUUUGCACGUGAAGGGCAAAGAAGAGAAGAUGUCCAAAUCACUGAAGAACUACAUCACAAUUAAGGACUUCCUCAGCACGGCCUCCCCGGACGUCUUCCGGCUCUUCUGCCUGCGGAGCAGCUACAGGUCAGCCAUGGACUACAGCGACGGCGCCAUGCUCGAGGCCAGGCGUCUGCUCCGUUCCGUGGCCGCCUUCGUGGAGGACGCUCGGGCCUACAUGAGGGGGCAGCUGGCAGGCGGCCCCGUCCAGGAGGACGUGCUGUGGGAGAGGCUGGGCCGCACCAAGGGGGCCGUGCAGGCGGCACUGGCGGACGAUUUCAACACGCCGGGAGCGGUGGACGCCGUCGUUGACCUGGCUCACCACGGGAACAGACAGCUGAAGGCGGCCGCCGAGGCGGCCGGUGGUCCCAGGAGCCCUGCCGUGUUCGGUGCCGUCGUGUCCUACGUGGAGCAGUUCUUUGAGACGGUGGGGAUUUCUCUGGCUGAGCGACAGUGUGUUUCAGGGGCCGGCGGUGGCCCGGCCGCCCUGCACAGCGUGGUCGAGGAGCUGGUGCGCUUCCGGCGGAAGGUCCGGCAGUUCGCUCUGGCCACGGGGGAGGCCCCCGGGGAAGCGCGGCGGCAGCUCCUGGAGAGGCGGCCCCUGCUGGAGGCGUGCGACGCGCUGCGCCGGGACCUGGCCGCCCACGGCGUCAGCAUCAAGGACAGGGGCGGCGUGUCCACGUGGGAGCUGCUGGACCCGAGGACAGAAGACCCCAAACCAGGGAGCUGAGGACACGGGAUGCGGAGGCCACGGCUCCCGGCGCGGUUCUGUGCUGCCUCAAGGCACAAUAAAAGCUUGAUGUUAAAGUUUCUGUUGCGGAUGCUCAGUUAACCUUAAAAUAAACCAAACCGUUCCGGCCCCGCGGGUGCUAGUAGAUGUGCUGGAGAAUGGCUUUCGACGGCCACAGAUGCAGUAGUUCAGUGAGGUCACAUCAGCCCACACUGUGGUCUCUGGCCCCUGAGCCUGGGGCCUGACAUCAUGGGGCGGCCCUGAAACCCUGAGACCAGGACGUUAGUCCUGCAUGGGAUCCCGGAAGACGUCGUGGGAAGGGCAGGCGGGACCCCUUCCCCGGGGUCACCUGCUGUCAAGCAGGAGAAGCGGCCUGUACCCCACGUGCUGGGCAGCGCUGGACUGGGCGGAGGGCAUACGGUUUUACAUUUAUUUUCCUGGUUACAAAGUAACGCGUCAACCACAGAAAGCGCCAGCAGAGGAAACC